CAACUAAACGAGACUGAAACUAAUAGCGUAAGCAGAGCUGCUGAACCUGUUAGUGUCACGUCGAAUGCGAUUGCAACGCAACAACAACAACAGCGAGAGGAAGAGCCCAAUAGAAUGCCUGUUGUGGUGAAACAAGAAGUUGUAGAAGAAGCAGAACAAGAAGACCAAGGAACCGGAAAAAUAUCGGUACAGCCGUUGGGCGCAGCAAACACGUUGGCUGUUAGCAGGAAUACUGAUGAUGCCGUUGCUGGUAAUCCGGCAAAACGUCAUCAAGCAAACGAGCCAACAAUAGCCGUAACAACGACAACGCCACGUAUUCCAUCGAAGCAAUUAGAAUCUCAGACUGCUGGAGCAGCAGCCGUGUUUGAUAAUUCAUCGCCGCUUGCACCGUUAAGCAGUAGCAGUUCAAUGGUGAACGAUGAGCUAGCAACGGAAAGAGAACACCACCAAGAGCAGCAACAGCAGCAGCAAAAGGUGGUGCCAUCGAAGAAAGAAAACAAAAUGAAAAGUGUUCGAGAACGCUAUAAACUAGCGAAAGAGCAAUAUUCGGAUGUUAUGAAACGUUUGGAUAAGCAUCGA